AGUUCUUAGCUACUCAGCUUUACAAAUAAUUGCUGCUUCGCACCUUUCGCGUUUUGGGAAGUUGGGACUGAAGCCCUUGUCCUCAGUCUUUGGCACCUAAGAAAGCCCAGCUUACACACGUUCAGCUGUUUGUAUGAAGCGUCCUCGCCGUGACAAUGGGCCUCCUCCUUGGGGUAUGCUUCCCAUCGAACUCGUUCAGGACGUCUGUUCCUUCCUGCCCUCCCCCGACCUAGCGGCCGCCUCCCUCACCUGCCGCUCCUGGCGUGUAGCCGCAUGCGCCCUCGUCACGCACCUCACCCUCCCGCUCAACCACCCGCUCCUGGUGGCGGGACCUGCCAGGGGAUGGGCGGAGUGCGUGGCGCGUAUGGCGGCGGAACAGGCGGCGCAGCGGCAGGGCCUGGCUGCCGAUGCCGCUGCUGGCGGCAGCGGCUGUGACGGCGGUGGCAGUGGAGCAGCCCGCUACGACACGUCAUCAGCCAAUCCCGCCGCCCUAGCAGCAGCCCCAGCAGCAACGGCCGCCCCUUCCACAUCUACUUCCUUCGCUAGGCCUCCGCAGCUGCCACCCCCACCUCCACCCCAACCGACAACACAGCAGCACCAGCAGUUUCCUCAGCGACCCAUGGUUCCGCUGCCGCGGCUUCGUACGGACUUUCCCUUUGUACGGCACAUCACGCUGAUCCACAACGCCAUGCUGCACCGCCUGCAAGCCCAUUCGGCGCUGUCGACGCUGCGUGCGCUGUGGCCGGGUGUGGGCAGCCUGUCGGUGCACGACAGCGUCACGUGGGACCUGCCGCUGGACUACUCGGCGCUGGGGGCGCUGACGCACAUCACAUCGCUGGAGCUCCUGUUCCAAGGUCAGGGCGGUAUGGACGAGGCGGGGCAGCCGCUGUACCGCGCCUCCAUGCCGCACCUCUGCAAGCUUGGGAGGCUGCGGGAGCUGUGCAUGAAGUGGAUCAUCGGCUACGAUGUGGACUCCUUCCUGGAUUUCAAUGAGGUGUACGACCUGCUGGCUGCGCUCGUACGGCACGGUCAGCUGCGCAGUCUGCAGUUCGGGGGGGAGAACAUCAACGCGGAGGGGGCGCGGCACCUGGCCAGCAUCACGACACUCGAGACACUCAAUCUGGUAUGCGACGCGCGCCCCGCCUCCCCCCUACACCUCCUCGACCUGCUGUGCAUGCCGCGACUGUCGCGUCUGGAGCUGCUGCACGUGUGCCCGGACCACGCAUGGAACGCAGCGGCGGGGCCGGAGGAGGAGGAGGUGGAUCCGCUUACCGAGCUGAAGAAGCGGACGGCUGCCCUGGCCGCCAGUCCGCUGCGAUGUCUGGCGCUCAGCCUCUCCCCCGGCUGCCAGGCUCUGGUCUCCCGCGCCCUGCCGCUGCUACCGCACCUGCACUCCCUCAGCGUGCGCGUCACCUCCAGCGAGGAGGAGGAGGCCCUGUGCGCCGCAUUCAAAGCCAUGCAAACAGGACCCCAGCCGGUCUCGCCGCAGGAGGCGGCGGCCGCAG